AGCGGCCUCUUGGCUGCCGGCACCACGCCCUCAGCGGGGCCGCGCCCGGAAGUGCCGCUGGGAAAGCCUGCGGGCGGCUUUCCCAUGGCGACGGCCGCCCCGCGGCGCUUCUGCCGCUGCGCCUGCUUCUGCUCGCAGAACCUGUACGUGGCGCGCUACGGGCUGCACCUACGCUUCCGGGACGAGCAGCAGCUGCGCCGGGACUACGGCCCGCUCCUGCGCAGCCGCGGCUGUGUCAGCCCCAAGGACUUCCAGCAACUCUUGGAGGAGCUUGAGCAGGAGGUGGGGCGCCGCCGCAGGCUGGGACAGGAGUCAGCUGCCAGGAAGGCUCUCAUUGCCAGCUCCUAUCAUCCAGCGAGGCCUGAUCUCUACAGCUCGCUACAGGAUGCGGCUCUGGCCCCUGAGUUUGUGGCUGCAGCUAAAUAUAGUGCUUCCCCAGGCGCACAUCUUGAGGGCCUUCUCCAGCUGCUGGAGACAGUGUCAGAGGAGAAACGCAUCUACCGGGUGCCCGUGUUCUCUCUGGAGUUCUGCCAGGCGCUGCUGGAGGAGCUGGAGCACUUCGAGCAGUCGGACAUGCCCAAGGGAAGGCCCAACACCAUGAACAACCAUGGGGUACUGAUACACGAGCUAGGCCUAGAUGGCCUGCUGGUGACGCCUCUGCGGGAGCGCUUCCUGCAGCCGCUGAUGUCCCUGCUGUACCCAGACUGUGGCGGGGGCCACCUUGAUAGCCACCGUGCCUUUGUGGUCAAGUACGCGUUGGGCCAGGACCUGGAGCUGGGCUGCCACUAUGAUAAUGCUGAGCUCACCCUCAAUGUGGCUCUGGGCAAGGCCUUCACAGGGGGCGCCCUAUACUUUGGGGCCCUCUUCCAGGCACCUGCAGCCCUGAAGGACCCCCUGGAAGUGGAUCACGUGGUGGGCCAGGGUAUCCUGCACCGUGGUGGCCAGCUGCACGGGGCUCGGCCCCUGGGCACGGGAGAGCGCUGGAACCUUGUUGUGUGGCUCCGGGCGUCUGCUGUUCGAAACCACCUCUGUCCCAUGUGCUGCCAGAAGCCAGACCUGGUAGAUGAUGAAGGUUUCGGUGAUGGCUUCACCCGGGAGGAGCCUCCAACUGUUGAUGUAUGUGCUCUGACUUGAGCCUGAUUCCCCCAGGAAUCCGGAAGUGCUGUGGCAGCAGUUCUUGCUGCCAUCCUUGGGCAGGGAGGGCAAAAAUAAACUCUGAACAAUGACA